ACAAAAAAGACACGUAGAUUUGCAAAAGAAAUAUUCGAGAAAGACAUGAAAAAAUAGAAAAAUCGUCAUUUUUCUGCUACACUUCAUUGAAAAUAUGCGGCGCAAAGUGUUCGUGCACCGCGGAACUUUCUUAAUUUUAGUCAUAUUUAUAUUCCUUGCUGAUAAUUUAAGUUUAGCUGAAGAUGGACUGAUUGCACCUCCGAUAGAUAAUAACGAGCCUCCGACCCCUCCGUCAUCCCACGAAGCUGCGGCGCCCAAAAACCGUGAUGGCGAUCGAAAAUCCAGCAAACUCGAAGAAGAAACCUCGCAGGAAGCCAUGGACGACUACAGUUUCAGCACGUCGUCGGCGAUAAAAAUUGUCAAGGCACCGGACCUGAGUAAAGAAAGUGAAUCGGGAGCUGAAGCCACACGUCAAGCCGAAGAUUUGUACAAUCAGCUGAUAAAUAAUGCAAAAUCCGACUUUGAUCCUGCGUCGUUGCUCGCAUCGCCCGAGCAGGAAGAAGACGAAGAACCUCCCAAAGUACUUACGCCCGAAGAAAUGGAAGCAGAGCGAUUGUACCAGUCGGCAAUGGCAAUUUUGAACAAAACGCGCGGCGAUAAGGAAACUGGGCAUUCGGUACUUGCUGAAGCCGCACGUCGGGGGCAUGUCGGAGCUAAGGCGAAAAUCGCUUGGGCUCAAUUAUUGGGACAUCAUCCGAUUCCGUUGAAUAUUGAAGCGGCAAAGGAGACUUUUAUUGAACUUGUCGCCAGUGGAUUGCCCGAAGCUCACAUGGGACUCGGUUUUAUGUAUGCCUCGGGCAUUGGGAUGAACGUCAGUCAGGCAAAAGCAAUUCUGCAUUACACAUUUGCGGCUCUCGGGGACAAUACGUGGGCUCAAAUGGCCAUGGGAUACAGAUAUUGGGGCGGUGUCGGUGUUCCAAACAGCUGUGAACAAGCUUUGGAGUUUUAUCAACGAGUUGCGAAGAAAGUUGCUGCUGAAGUUACCUUUUCGGGUGGCAAUGCACUUCAUCGGAUUCGAUUGUUGGAUGAAGUAGAGAAUUCGGGAUCGAGUUCUGGCAUCUUGGACAACGAUUUGAUCGAUUAUUAUCAAUUGCUGGCAGAUAAGGGAGACGUUCAAGCCCAAGUUGGUUUGGGACAGUUGCAUUAUCAAGGCGGCAGAGGAGUUCCGUUGGAUUAUCAGAAGGCAUUGCACUAUUUUCAACAAGCAGCGAAUGCGGGAAAUGCAAUUGCGAUGGGAUUUUUGGGGAAAAUGUACUUGGAAGGGAGUGAACAUAUUAAAGCCGAUAAUGACACAGCCUUCAAAUAUUUUAAACGGGCAGCGGAUUUAGGAAAUCCAGUUGGUCAAAGUGGUCUCGGCGUAAUGUAUUUGCAAGGCAAAGGAGUUCCCAAGGAUACCGUCAAAGCAUUCAGUUUCUUCACGAAAGCCGCUGAACAAGGUUGGGUCGAUGGGCAACUUCAACUCGGCAAUAUGUACUUCUCGGGCAUCGGCGUGAAGCGCGAUUUCAAGCAAGCCAACAAAUAUUUCAGCUUAGCAUCGCAAGCAGGUCACGUCUUGGCAUUUUACAAUCUCGGUCAGAUCCAUGCUGCCGGCUUAGGCACGAUGCGCAGUUGUGCGACUGCCGUUGAACUCUUCAAAAAUGUCGCUGAACGCGGAAAAUGGGCAGAAAGGUUAAUGUUUGCGCACCAAGAUUACCGUUCGUACCGUUUCGAGGAGGCUUUCAUGCAAUACGCGCUCAUGUCGGAGCUCGGAUACGAAGUUGCCCAAAGUAACGCCGCUUUCUUGCUUGACAAAGGCGAAAUUAAUCUCUUUAAAAGUCGCAAGGAAGAUCUUGUUCGCGCUUUGCAAUACUGGGGACGUGCUGCUGCCCAAGGUUACUCGCCGGCUCAAGUGAAACUCGGCGAUUAUCAUUAUUACGGACUCGGAACGAAUGUGGAUUACGAAACGGCGGCAUCGCAUUAUCGCAUGGCCUCGGAUCAGCAACAUAACGCGCAAGCCAUGUUCAAUUUGGGCUACAUGCACGAACAGGGACUCGGAAUGAAGCAAGAUAUUCAUUUGGCGAAGCGAUGUUACGAUUUGGCUGCCGAAACGAGUGACGAUGCAAAAGUUCCCGUUGCCAUGGCACUCUUGAAGUUGCAGUUCUUGUUCAAAUUGGAAUCUUUGAAAGACUCGCCAUUCCAGAUAAUCUUGCAUUUGGACGAGAAUAUCGCAAGCAAUUGGGAUUUGUAUCUCAUCACCAUCCUAACUCUAGUCCUCGGAAUGAUAAUUUACCUAAGACGACCCACGAUACCAGACGCCAACACCGCAAACAACAACAACAAUGAGAAUAAUAAUCAGAAUGACGCCGGAAAUGCAGCACAAGAACCCACAUCACAAGAUGAUCGUCCACAGAAUCAGCAACAGCAGGAGUAAAACAGAUAGAUUUAUGUAAAA